CUGCGCCGCAUAAGAGCAGCGCGGGGCGUGCGGAGGCGGAGCGGAGCAGGGGUGCAGCCGUCGGGGUGCGUGCGGCCGCCGUCGGGGUGCCCGGGGCUGCGCGGCCCGCCGCCGGAGCAUGAAGGCCAUCAGCCCGGUGCGCUCCGUGCGGAGCUGCUACGAGGCGGUGUGCUGCCUGUCGGAGCAGAGCCUGGCCAUCGCCCGCGGCAGCAGCAACAAGAGCCCGGCGCUGGAGGAGCCCAUGAGCCUGCUCUACGACAUGAACGACUGCUACUCCAAGCUGCGCGAGCUGGUGCCGGGCAUCCCGCCGGGCCGGCAGGUGAGCCAGGUGGAGAUCCUGCAGCAUGUCAUCGACUACAUCUUCGACCUCCAGAUCGUGCUGGAGGAGCAGGCGCAGCGCCCGGCGCCGGCCCCCGAGCCCUCGCUGCUGGCCCUCAAGGCCGCCGAGCUGUGCUCCAAAGACGAGAGGAGUUUGUGCCACUGAUGCCUCCCUCCGCGUGCGGCUGCAGGUGUGGGAUCACAACACUUGGAGAGAGGAGGGAGAGAGCAGACUUUAACCCCCUGCUUCCAAUCCUGGAGAGCCCUCAGCCUUUAUCUUCCAGCUACCACGUCUGUGCAACGCGUCUCACCAAGCAUUGGAGGCUGCAUUUGAAUUUUCUAGCAACUCUGUCCAUUCCACCCCCAUGCCCCCGUUUUUUGUUUCAUAUUUUUCCCCUUUCCUCCUUACCUGCUUUGAAAAAUAAAACUACACACAAGGAGCAAGGCUUCGGCUUCUUCCUCCCAAGCUGAAACGGAACUGGAGUCUGCAUUUGAACUGCCUCGCUGCACAAGGACUCAAGGAAAACUGAGGCUUGGACUGUUCCCUCCUGAACAUCAAGUUACCUGCACUGCAAGCUCGGGGUUAUGUUAGUUAAAAGAAAAAAAAAAAGCUCAACUAUACUAGACUUUCCCACUCAUUGCAUAUAUAUAUCUAUUUUUUAAUGUGGAUGGACAUAAAUGAGACAAUUCUUUUAAUAGACUUGCAGAGAUGAAGCUGUAUGUAUAUUUUGGAUUAUAGCGUGGUUUUUUUUUUUAAGUCCUUUUUUAAAAGGGGGGUGGAAGGGGGAAGCAAUGGGUGUCUGAUGCCUUCAAGAAUACAAAACUGAGCUGUUUUGGGGCUGUGGCCUCAUGUUUAUUGUUGAACUCUAUAAUAGAGUAUGACUUUUGUACCUUUUUUGCAGGAAGGUGAAUUUCUGCAGUCAUGCAUUGUACUUGCUUUAUAAACUUUUUAUAAAAGUUAAAAAUUUUUACGGAAUAAAAUGUUAAGGUUUGUUCUUUU